UGAUAAGAUAAGACAAAUAUAAACAGACAUAUUGCUAUUCCCACAAGUACGAUAUUUGAAAUGUAAUCUACAAUCAGAAUGGGUAAAGAACGCGACCUACACAAAAACUAUAUCCUUGGUUACGAAUUGACAUCGCAUCAAAGUGCUAUUGUGAACCACCUUGUUCCUUCUAGCUGUGCGUGUAUCUUGUAUAUAUCUAUUAUAGCUACAGACGCCGGAGUGUGUUUUAGUCACCUGCAAAAUGAAGAUUUCAUUUGGGCGUCUCUAUCCCUGUUCAUAAUGUAUUUACCGGCACUUUGUAGCUAUGUUAUUGUCAUUUCAAACUGGGAGCUGUGGCCCGAGUUCCAAGGAUGUGGAAGAGACAAUUUUACUUGGUUCUGGAUGAAAACUGCACAGCAUUUGUUUUUUCCAGCAUGGAGUAUGUGGAGAUUUGCAGAAAGAAUUUUCUGGUCUAUCGAAGGUGCAAGAGCUAAAAUCGACGAAUCUGUUCAAGAAGCUAUAUCAAUAAUAACUUCUCCAAGAUCGAUAGAACUCUACAUUUUCCUUCAGUCGUAUCUACAUUCUUUACCGCAGGUGCUUUUGCAAUUGCAUAUCUUGAUGAAACAUAGUGAAACUAUGCAUAAAGAAACAGAGAAUGUCCAAAUAGCGAGUAUGAUCAUAAAUUUGGCUAAGGUGGCUAUAACGACAACUUACUACCAGCGAUUCAAAUCCCAAAAGCUGGUCGGGAAAGAUUAUCCUUGGUAUAAAAGAGAAAAACUACGUAGUAGAGAAUCUUCGUUGAAGAAUCCAGCUAUGCCACCAGAAAAUGAAGUGAUUUUGAGAAGAUCAACACUAUCAGAAAAUAGAUCGAUAAUCGAAAGAAGAAAAACCAGUCAACUGGAGGAAACAUUCGAUAUAGAACCAAGUAGACUUACAGAAAGAAGACGAAGUAGUGAUAUCUAUUUAGAACCUGCAAUAUCUGAAGAUGGCUGCAAACGAAAUACAUUGCUUGAAACUAGUUUUGACGACGAAAUUCAAACCAUUGAAAGAAGUUUGGAAGAUUUUGACGAAGGAGAUGGAUUACAAACCAAUAAGCGUAUUCCAAGACAACUAAGAGAAACAUCUAUCAAAGACGGCCCAGAAAGGUUACUUUUACGAGAAUCGACCACAGAGCCAGAUUUCAACAUUUCCAGGGUAGUCUACAUAAAAGGCUUAGCAGAUGAUGAUAUGGCUGGAAGACUAGUAGCUUUCCUUUGGUGGUUUGCUUUCCUUCUGGCCAGAGUAUUGGCCAUAUCCGCGUUCGCUUACUUUUUCAAAACAGCAGCAGUGUGGUUAAUAUCCGCACAUUUUGCUUUGGUACUUGUGUUUCUGUCGUAUGACAUAAGAACCAACGAAGUCAAGAGAGCCAAAGCGAUGUUUUUCAUAUUUCUAGGAUUAGUCUAUAUUUUUUGUAUCAUCGAGUUCAAAAUUAAGUUUAAGAAAGCGACAUUUAUUUAUUACGGUUUUUUUGUGUUGGUAUUUGUAGAAAACUUCGCGAUGUGUCUGUGCUGGUAUUUAGGAGAAGUAGAAACGAUCGAGAACGAUUAUUGGUUCAGGUAUAUGUUUUAUAUAGUAGUUAUGUGCUCAAUCACAAGUUUUUCGGCAAUGUUGUUUUACUUCAAUGUAAAUAAGCCUCCGAAAAUUGUUGUUGAUGAAAACACUAUACGACAUUGAUUGAUACAGAAUAGUUUUAUCAAAAGCUGAACAUGAUGUAUUUGUAAUAUUCUAGAAUUAUAGUUUUUUCUAUGGCCAUGAAGACAUACACUUUUAACGCAGUAAAUAUCAUAUACUAUACAGGAUCGGUAUAGAAUCAUUAAUGUCCCGUAUCCAUUAUGUACGAGCGUGAUAGAGACAUAAACUCGUAUGUUAGAGCGAGAGCAUGAAUGAAGCGUAUUCGAUACCAAGAACGAGUCUGUGAACACUUCGCUCUCGCUUUAACAUAUUGUUUCUGUCUCCGUCAGGCUCGUACAGAUUAAAUACGGGACCUCAACAAUCCUGUUAUUUAAACAUGAUAUUCUUAAAACAGUCUACACUUAUAGUGUUUUAAGGAAGCACAUACAUACACCUUGUGUUGUUAAAAAAAUAGCCAUUGAAUCAAUAUUUUUUACAAUUUAUUAGAGUGUAUUUUAUUAAGAGUAUACCAGUUAUGAAUUGUUUAACCAAUUCUAUUGUAAAAUAUAAAUUAUUUUAUUAGAGUGAGAGUAAAAGUUAAUGAUUUAUUGUUAAUUUAUUAUUAACUCAUAGUAAUUUAAUUUUGAAGUAUACAACGUGUUAAGUUUUCCGGGAGUUCCUGAUUUUCCAGGAAAAUGAAAAUGUGCCAGAUGUCAUUAUUUCGACGAGUUAUCCCAAAUUAAAUAACUAAUAGUAACAUUAUAAUUGGGAUCAUAAUUUUAAGAUCCUUGAUUAAAAUAUGUCAAAAUUUUAUAGACAGAGAAGAUAUGUAUAUUUAAAAAAAAUGUAUCUUGGUCGUAGAAGGUUUUUUAAAAUAUGCGUUUUUUAAUCACCAAUCAAGAUCUACUUGUUAAAAUAAAUUAUAUUGAAAAAUAAAGAAGUUAUUGUAAAUGUUUAUAACUACAAGAAUGGCUAUUUUUUAACAUCAUUUUUAACAACAAUUUUGACAUAAAUAAUUAAUUUUUUGCAUAAAUUCUCGACGUUGAAACCUUCAAGAAUCCAUUUCACUUUUGUAAAAUGUUCUAGGGCCAUAUCUUGGGCAAGAACAGUUGUUUGAAUAAUUCGUUUCUGGGAUAAACAAUUAGCUUUUUACAUACACUAUUAAACGGAUCCGGCUGAAAUUUAGCACACAUACUAACAGCAAUGAUGCGCUCAUACUCUCAAAUGUCUAGCCACUAACAAUUCUUAUUGCAAUAGUUAUAAACAUUUAUUCAAUAUUGCUAAAAGGCCCCGUAUUUAGCUUAAUUGUUUAUCGAUUUUAAUUCGUAAAAAAUAAAAUUUAAGGUCUUUUUAUGUUCUAAAAUCUACAGUUUACC